AUGUUGCCAUACUUGCCAUUAGAAAUUGAUUUCCAGUUGCUAGGAUACGUGGCCGGCUUGAACGCGCUAGCCGCGCCGGUGAGCAUGCCUGCUUACCUGGCGGUCAGUUGGCUGCAAGUUGCGCGGCGCAAAGUGCAAACCAUGGGCCUGCCAGACAUAGAGACCAUACCCGAGACUGGGGCAGUGUUCACGAUCGGCCGUAGCAGAUUCGCGGACAACAUUGCGUCGCAUUUCUUCAUACGUAAGGAUCCGGUUGUUACCAUUGAAUGUGGGGAUGAACACUCCGCCGUUGUUUGUCAAACUGGCAGACUCUUUAUCUUUGGCAGUAACGAUUGGGGUCAACUGGGUCUGGGUCAUAAAAACCAUAUCAGCAAACCAUCGUGUGUAAAAAUUCUGAAACCGGAAAAAGUCACACACGUCGCAUGUGGGAGAGCGCAUACUUUAAUAUGUACAGGUGCCCAAAAAAUCUUUGCGUGCGGCAGCAACCAAGAAGGUCAACUAGGUCGGGAAAAUUCCAUGAUAGGUGAUAGUUCCAGUUCUCCAAUCUUGGUCUACGAUUGUGGGCUCGCUGGACCACGGAUCGUCCAACUUGCAGCGGGAUCGCAUCAUUCGAUGGCUCUGACAAGCGAUGGAGGAGUUGUGGCCUGGGGAAGCAAUCUGGAAGGACAGUUAGGAUUACCAGAAAAUUCAGGUUUGGUUUACAAGCCUAUGAAGAUUCCCAUUCCUGAACCGGUAAAGGAAAUCAGCGCGGGAUAUUAUCAUUCAGUUUUCUUGACUGAAAGUGGUCUCGUUUAUGUCUGCGGCGAAUCGGAAAGUGGUAAACUCGGACUCAACAUCAAUUUUUCUACGCAAAUUGCACCGAAACAGAUGCAAUUGCCGGCACCGGCACUUCAUGUCGCAUGUGGUGGUCAUCACACAAUUAUACUAGCAGAAAAUGGCAAUAUUUACUGUUCUGGCAGUAACGCCAGUGGACAACUUGGUAUGGGCAUAAAUGUUAACGAUACAUAUACACCAAAACUGCUUUCACGCGGGGCUCUUCAAGAUGAAAAAAUCGUCAAAAUUGCUUGCGGUGAAAGUCACACUGCUAUACUUACUGAGUCCGGCAAACUCUUCACUUGUGGCGAUGGUCGACACGGAAAGUUGGGUCUAGAAGAAAAUGAAAAUAAUGUUCAUGAAGUAACAUUUGCUGCCAAGUAUCAAGAGCUUUUUGUUUCAGAUGUUGCUUGUGGAGGAUGUCAUACAAUAUUAGUUGGCCGAAGACAUGAGAUAGAUUAUCAAUCGCGACGGCAAUCGGAUUCCAUGGAACAGAAAAAAAGUUCUCUACCUCCUUUAAAACUUCCUAUAAAUAUGCAGAAUGAACAUCGAAUGGACAGUAUAGAAAAAUCGACAGACGAAAAGGAUGAUUCACAUCAUAAUGAUAAAAUUAGUGAAACAUCUAAUAAUAAUGACAUUCGAACAAAUUCUUCGCCAAAAGAAAAUACAGAUAUUGUUAAUAACGAAGAAAUUUCACCUUCACCAGAAGACGAAAAAAUUACAAAUCCAUCUUCGGAAGUUAUUCCAUCAGAAAGCUCUCAAGAAAAAGAUCAAAUCGACGAUGAGGAUUAUAAUAAUGAAAAUAUUGAAAGCAAAGGAAGUAAUGAAAGUAAAGAUAUUAAUGAAAAUAAUGAAAAUCAAGAAAAUAAUAAAAAUAUGGAAACAGCAGUGUGCGCGAUAGAGGCACAAGAUAUUGAGGAAUGUACAGAAUCAGAAGUCUCGAGGAUAGAAGAGGAAAAGGAACAGAAAACGACGACGAAUCCUAUACCACCACCGAAACCACCGAGACUAAAAUCUGCAAGUAUCGAAGAUGCAAGCGAAAAAGAAUCUUCAAAGGAGAACGAAGAAGAUGAAAAAGAAAAAGAUGAUGAAGAGAUGAAGACGAGUAACGAAGAAAAUUUAAGUGCAAAAACAGCUAGAAAAUCAUUAUCAGCAAUUUCGCAAAAAACUGUGGAAGCUAUUGAAAAUUCGAUAGAAAAAGUCGAGGAAGAUGAAAACAUUGAAGAACCAAAGAAAGCAGAAGUGGACAUACAGGACGAUGCUGAUGUUGUACAAUCUCCAGCGCCGCGAACAGCUAAAAUGGCGAGAUUGUUCAAAGGAAAACGGCAACAAGAGGAACAAAAUGGAACUAAGAAAUCAAGCAGCGCAGAAAAAAGCAAUCCGAAAGCUAAGUCGAAAACAUGCACAAUUCUGUGAUCAACAAAAUUUUGAAGAGACAUUACAAUUCAUUAUAUUUUUAUAAAAUAUAUACUUACGAUAUAUGUUUAUCGCUGGGACCAAAACCGUCAAGGAACCGGAAAUCUCCAAUAAUCAAUAUAAAAGAAAUAAGUAUCAUCGAUCGAUUUACAUAGAAUUAAUAUAACUUCUGUAUUACACAUAUCGCGUCAAUUCCUAUCUCUCAUUUACAGCGAC